AUGAAUCACUUCCAGACCAUCUUGAGUCAGGUCCGGAUGCUGCUCUCCAGCCAUCGGCCGAGACAAGUGCAGGCACUUUUGGACAACCUGCUGGCAGAGGAUCUUCUCUCCAGGGAGUACCACUACGCCCUGCUCCAUGAGCCUGACGGUGAGGCUCUGGCCAGGAAGAUCUCCUUGACCCUGAUGGAGAAAGGAGACCCAGACCUGGCCCCCUUGGGGUGGAUCUGGAGUGGGCUGCAGGCCCCGGCAGCCGAGAGGGACUCCGGCUACAAGGACCCUGGGGUCCUGCCCACUCAGUCCUGGGGGCCUGUCACUCCAACUCAGCAACCCCUCUCCUCACCUCCACUGCCUCUGCUGGAAUUCAGACCCCCAUCGGCUCCUGGCAGGGCACCAUGGCGCUCCUCCCUGGUCUCCAUAUACGAGGCCCUCUUGAGGAUGGCAGAUAUUGGCAGCUGGCACCAGCGUGGCUCCACUGUGGUCGCCGUUAUUUCAGAAUGUCAGCGUGUUGAAGACCCUCCAAUAGACAACUCAUAA